AUUUCUCAGUGAAUAAGUGUAGGAGGUGAACGUGUGUGUGGUUUUACAGGACGUUUAUUUUUAAGUAGUGAAUAUAAAGAAAAGCACAAAGUAAUGGCGAUGGCAACCGCUACAGCCACAAUGGAAGCGUCCCAGACCCUCAUUCAGACAGAAUCGAGGGUCCAACGGAGCUAUCAAGAGGUCUCUGAACAAAGGCAAGUCAAGAAAAAGAAAUCCAUGCGAAGGCAUAAGGAUGAAGGAUCAAUAUCAGUGUCUAAAAGCUCAGAGAAAUUACACAAGAAGAUGAAAGCUGCGGCUGACGGAGAAUCGAACCCGCAAUGUCAGAAAUGUUCAAGGCCAGUGUACGCCAUGGAGAGGAUCAAAGCUGAAAGAAGAGUGUGGCAUAAAGAAUGCUUUAGAUGCGUCCAGUGCAAUAAACAGCUAACCGUAGAGACUUACCAGAGUGAUCACACCACGUUAUACUGCAAGCCUCAUUUCAAGCAGUUAUUCGAACCCAAACCAGUGGACGAUGAAGACCAAACAGACGCCACUCCGAAGAAACAUCAGAUGAUUAUAUGCGAGAGCAACCCCGUGGAGUUGCCGCCAGAUGUUGUUAGAGCGUCUGAGAAGCCGGACCUGGGCCUGGAGGAGCUGUCGCAGCUGGACGUGAAGUCCCGGUUCCAGGUGUUCGAGCGCGCGCGUGACCCCUCCCCGCCCCCGCCCGAGCCCCGCGCCCCCCGCGCCACCAGCCAGGCUCUACUCUCCAAGCUCGCCAAGUUCAAAGCAAAAGGCAUGGACGUUGGCGUUUCCGACGAAUAUUUAAACGGAGUGCCAGUGGAAGCGAGCUCUAGUGAACAUGAAGACGAAGAAGGAGAUGAAGACUCUGUUUUGAAGAAUUCUUAUAAACACACGAAUAAUCGCGAGCAACCGAUGUCGUUCUGCAACAUGAGCGAGAUAGUCGGCAAGUUUGAAACGGGACAGCACGAGAACUCUCAACGGCAUAGAGAGAGAAAGCAAGAGAUCCAGAACAUACGCAGCCGAUUGUUUAUGGGCAAACAAGCCAAGAUUAAGGAAAUGUACGAACAAUCUGUGUUGCAAAGUGAGCAAAGUGUAACGUCAGCAGACAAGAUAGCUCGCGAGCUCGAACUGGAUGCUGAGAAGUCUCGAGCGAUCAAAGAACGCUUCGAGAACGGUGAAAUAUUCAACGAUGAGAACCAGCCACCCAAGAACAGGGAGAUAGAAGAUCGUUCACUAUUCAACGAAGGUAUCGGCAAGAAGUCCCGGUCCAUAUUCCUUGAGCUGGAUGCCAAUGCGAAGAAUAUUGCUCCCACUACUCCCCCGCCACAGGAACCGCCAAAGAGGAAGGAAAUACCUUUCGUGCCGAAAGAUUUGGUACGGGCUGGUGAUAAAGUUGAGGAGGUCAGCGUACAAACUGCAGAUAUAUCAGAUCGGUUCAAGUUCUUCGAGACGUACAAGCCUGAAGUGAAACGACGCGAGUUUCGUAUGACACCGCCUAGACAAACGCAGAGGGCAAAGUCUCCAUCCCCUGAGGUAUACCACGAGCCGAGCGUGGUGAGGAGUGAGGAACAGACUACUGAUACCAGACUAGCAGCGGACAGACAUACAGCCUCGCGGAUGAUAGACGUUUUCAGGCAGAUGGAACAGAAACAGACCAGACCGGAUCCGCAAGGUCCGAAGCCUUUGAAGUGUUUCACGCCGCCUCCUCCCGGGGAAAACAAUCACACUGGCAACACUACGGAGGAAGAGGACGAGGAAGAAUAUAGCUCCGAGUAUGAAGAAGACAGUGAGGAUGAAAGACGCAGACUUUAUAUGGCCAGGCAGGGAGACGAAGCACUCAAACAGGCUCAGCAGUUGGCCCGCACUACAAGUUUCCGCGAUAGAUUCGAACACUGGUCCGAGAGUGAGAACACUCGUCCCAACAACAAUAAUAACAACGUGCAGAUUAUGAGGGACGACGACGGUGAAUCACAACUGGACACCGCCAAGAGUCUACGGGAGAAGUUCGAAAAUAUGAAAGUCCAGCAGACGACCGUCACAAAAACGUUUGCAACCAAAGUUAAUAGAUUUGUGUGAUUGCCGAAUGACUUCAAAAAAGUUGCCAAAGCUCUUUUAACCCUUUUUUUAAGACGUUAAGUCAUUUAAAACUUGCCAAUAUUAUUAUACUUAUAGUUGAUGGUUGUAACCCUUUUAGUUUGAAAUUUAUAUUUAGAUAAAAAAAAAAUAUAUAUUUAUUCUGUAUAGGACUGAUAGAGAUUGCAUUUUAAAAAUAAAGGUGAUCGUACAUUAUAUCAGAAUAGAACAAGCCGAGGGAUGCGAAAUAAAGCCGUUUUUAAGUUUUUGUAUACACAAACAUUCAUCGUAUGUCACUUAUCAUUAAUUUGUAAGGUGUAAAGAAAAUACUUUUCAUCCGCUUCUUUCAGCUCUGAUAGAUAUGCGAUCACCAUAAAUGAGUGCCUUAAAUAUGUGCAAUUAUAACUAUUUCUGUAAUAAAGUUAUAAACUCGACAUUAAUUUUUUUUUUAAGAUUUAUAUACAAGAAUCAAAUUCGUUUUUGCAUCUUUCUUACCUGUUUUUGUGGUCUUCGUUUUAUUUUGUAUAGAUUUAGAUAUUACAAAAUAUUAAAAUUCAUCAUUUAUCAGUUAUUCAUAAUAAGGAGAUAAUAAUUAUAAACAUAUUUGUCGAUUAUUUGUUUUAUAUUAAGAUUUCUAAGAGAAAAUGUAAUAUUUAACAGAAUUUUUAUUGAUAUUUGAAUCUUCUUAGCGAAUGCUUUUGGGAUCUUAAUAAUUAAUUUAGUUGGAUAUUUCAUACAUUAUAAUUUAUAAACGUCUAUUUAUUAUUGUCAGGACGUAAAUACCAAAAAUGUUUUAACUCGUGUAGUUACUAAAAUAAAAUAAAAAAAUAAACAGUUGUUAAAUAUAAAAAUAUAAAUUGAUAUUUUUGUCAUGAGAAUAUAAAUCAUGAUAAUUGUUAUUUUUUGCAAACUCGCGAGUUAAAUCAUUUUUGCAUCCAGAUGAUCUUAUUUAUAAUUUUGUGCCAUCGCCAUGUCAUUUAACUUAUUCAAAUGUUAUACACUAGUCAUAACGCAACAUUCUUACUAUUGAACUUAUCACUCAUAAAAUAAAUUACUCAUCUAUUAUUUGCAAUUUGCAAAUACAAAUUAUCGAAUUUCUAUGUGAGAAAAAACAUAGUAACUCAGUUUUAAAUACUUUCAGGGGAAGCGCAUAAAAUAUUCCUAAAAAACUUUUUGAUAACACAAUAAUUUACCGAAAUAGGUAAAAAUUUCAACAUUGAAGAAUUAAGAUGGAUGAUAAUAAUGUCGAUUUGUUUUUAAUAUUAUUAUUUAUCCUCUAAUUGGGUUAAAAUGUUUUUUUUUGGAAAUGACGAAUAAAUAAACUCAUAACUGAUAUCGAAUCUCAUGUGCUAACAAAUAUUAUGGAAGCUAUUUUAUUCAAUAGUUGGUGUUUUGCGAUAUGACAGUGGCAAAAAGUUCGUUUGUAACUGUAGUGUUAAAAGUUUUACUAUGUGACUGAGUACUGUCUCUCUGUAUUUAUUGUUUGUACUUAAAAGCUUUUUAAUGUUUUUCACGUACAAAUUUGUGUACGCUAU